UUGUAGUUUUUCUCGUUAGCUUAACAAAAGUGAGGAAACAGCGAACGAAGCCGCCGUCAACCAAUCUGUAGAGUGCAACAAAAUGAAAGAUCGCGAAUAAUUUUGUGUUUUUAUUUCCGCACGGACGCACAGGUACAUUGCUGGAUACAUCCGUUGUUGUUAUUUGCUACCUGAAAAGAUCCACGGGGCUGAACAGUCAGUCGUCGGGCCUCGUCGUCGUGGCCCAGCAGGACUCGAGUGAAGUUGGGAGCUGACUACCAAACUUCUGCUUCCUCCAGCGACCUCCGCAGGGCCCGGGGCUCCUGUCACCGGCCCUGUGAGUGAGGAAUCAAACAUAGAUUGAAUCAAGUACCAGGAGAAAGGAAUCCCUUUGAUGGGAGAAUCCUCUUUCCUGGCCUCCUGGGUCAAUCGCUGUGCCAUGAUGAUGGAUGAGCAGGAGGCGCUGAACUCAAUCAUGCAGGACUUGGCCGAACUACACCGCUCUAGCCGACCUGCAAUGUUCCUGUCGGACCUGGGCAAACCCAAAGCCUCUUCGCCCAAGAACCAGAACGAUGUCAGAGUGAAGUUUGAGUUCAAAGGGGAGAAGAGGAUUUUGCAGUUCCCCCGACCUGUCAAGCUGGACGACCUGAGGGCGAAAGCAAAGGUGGCUUUCGGUCAGAUGAUGGACCUUCAUUACACCAACAAUGAGUUGGUGAUUCCACUGACCACUCAGGAUGACCUUGACAAGGCUGUGGAGCUGCUGGAUCGCAGUGUUCACAUGAAGAGCCUGAAGAUCCUCCUGGUGCUCCAGACCUCCUCUCAGAACACGUCCUCCAAUAUGGACCUCUUGCCGUCCCACGAGGAGCUGGACAACACAGGAUUCAGGCUGGCUGAGAAAAAGAGUAUGCUGGGUUUGAUAGGCUCUCAUUCGACGGACCGCAGCUCUCCUCCUCCAGGAUACAUUCCCGAUGCGCUGCAGCAAGUGGCGAGGAACGGCUCCUUCACCAGCAUCAACAGCGAGGGAGAGUUUAUUCCUGAGAGCAUGGACCAGAUGCUCGACCCGCUGUCCAUGAGCAGUCCAGAAAACUCAGCGUCCGGAAGUUGUCCCUCUUUAGACAGCCCACUGGACAGCGACUACCCGAAGUCCAGGAUGCCUCGAGCGCAGAGCUACCCAGACAACCACCAGGACUUUCCAGAGUACGAUAUCCCCGUGUUUGAGAAGUCGGGAAAAGGAGGAACAUAUCCUCGACGAUAUGGCAUUCCUUUUGGCCUCCAGGAUUACAGCGAUGGGAGGAAGACCUUCCCCCGGGCUCGGCGAACACAAGUUCAUGGUUUCCGCUCGCCGGUAAACUUCAGCCCGACCGAGCAGUCGCCCAGCACCAGCAGCGGUAGCAGUGUCUUCACCCCUGACCUGGAGGAGGCCCCGGGGCCCGCCAGGAGGCCACGGAGGGGAAGCGACAUUGAACCCAAUCCUAACUCAGCUGCUCCUCCAACCCUGUCUGUGAUGGACAUCAGCCCGCCAAGCCGCUCUCCUCGUGCCCCAACCAACUGGCGGCUUGGAAAGCUCCUGGGUCAGGGCGCCUUUGGACGCGUUUUUCUCUGUUAUGAUGCCGAUACUGGACGAGAACUGGCGGUCAAACAGGUCCAGUUUGACCCAGAGAGUCCAGAGACCAGCAAGGAGGUGAGCGCGUUAGAGUGUGAGAUCCAGCUCUUGAAGAAUCUGUGCAAUGAGAGGAUUGUUCAGUACUACGGCUGCCUGCGAGACACAAUGGAGCGGACACUCUCUAUCUUCAUGGAGUACAUGCCUGGAGGCUCCAUCAAAGACCAGCUGAAGUCAUACGGGGCACUGACGGAAAACGUGACGCGCCGUUACACCCGGCAGAUCCUGGAGGGGGUUUCCUACCUGCACAGCAACAUGAUUGUCCACAGAGACAUCAAAGGGGCCAACAUUCUUCGUGACUCGGUGGGUAACGUGAAGCUCGGCGACUUCGGGGCCAGUCGGCGGCUGCAGACCAUCUGCCUGUCAGGAACAGGGAUCAUGUCUGUGACCGGCACCCCCUACUGGAUGAGCCCAGAAGUGAUCAGUGGAGAGGGCUAUGGCAGGAAGGCGGACAUCUGGAGUGUCGGCUGCACCGUGGUGGAGAUGCUGACUCAGCGGCCCCCCUGGGCAGAGUUUGAGGCCAUGGCAGCCAUCUUUAAGAUUGCCACCCAGCCCACGAACCCUGUGCUGCCUGCUCACGUGUCGGACCACUGCCGAGAUUUCCUCAAACGGAUUUUUGUAGAGACCAAGCAGCGGCCUUCUGCUGAUGAGCUACUGAGGCACAUCUUUGUACAUUAACCCCACCCCCCACCCCCCCCACCCCCUUCCUGCUCUGCCUGCCUGCUGUACAGCCAGAUAUGGCCUUACCUGACGGGGCAUCCCUGCCUCUGAGCCCGCCCCUCCACCUCGGCGCUGAACCCAUAUUGGACUGACAGGACUUGGCUGGAAGAACUUGGGGGUUGUUGGCGGGAGGGUAGGGGGCAUACCUGCUCCUCCCGUCUCUGUUUUUAAGAGACUGCCAUAGAGAACAUGAAUUUUUAUUUUAUUUUUCUCCGCAAGUUGCACCUUAAUUUGUCAAACAUGGAGGAGUGGAGCACGUCCUCCUGAAAAUGACUCUUUGAAAACGUCUCCUUUUUUAUGUUUGUACGGUUUUUCUCUUGAAAUCUAUUUGGAGUGGGAACGUGUUGGUGUUGUGGACCUUCAGGAGGUGAUGCCUGACUCUAGAGUAGCCCCGCCCCCUCAUCUUGCUGACCCGACCCCAGAAUGUAGUCUCCUGCCAAAACCCAGAGCGACGGUGACCCGUGAUGACCUGAGCCCGCUGCUAAAGAUGAAUUGAAAACCCCAGAUGCAGAGAACACUCCCUGAAAACAGUUUCCACUCUCCUGUCCUCGUCAUGUUUCUGUCUCUCUGCUUUACUCUCUGUAAACUACCUUUCCUCCUCUUCCUCGCACAUCUUUGCUCUUUGCCGUGCGUGUGCCUUUUCUGUUUGUUUGUUUCUUUAUCGCAGUGUUGGAGUCGAUCUGAGGUUAUGGAUGAUAUCUGUUAUUUUUAGCUGCAAGGUUUCUCUGCAUUGUUUGCCUUCCAGCUGAACUGCCUUUUGCCGUUAGCCCAAAUCGAGCUGAAACGUCCGUUUCUGCCUUUUUCAGUAACAGGAACUCCUGUAAGCAUCCUGAUCCCACCUCAACUCAUGCGGUUUGUUUGUCUGCUCGCUCUGGCUGCUAACCAAAUAUCUUCAGACUGGUCCUGCUGGUUUAAUGGUGAACUGUAGAUGGUGAUGAACUGGAUAACUGGUACUAACACAGGGAUUUGUAUUCCUCCGUGUGCGACAGAAGUGUCCUGGUGAUUUUAUCUUACAAUGCACCUUCUAAGUAUUAAGUGAUCAGACUGGUUGAGCUCAGAGAUGGAGAAGUUAUGACUUUAUGGUUAUUGGUUAUUGUUGGCAUGAAUUGGUACAUUCCUGGUACUCGUGCUGUUGUUUUUGCAGGUUCAUUCUGUAAACAUUGUAGUGAUUAUUAAUGGUGAGCAGAAGAUUUCAUAUUCAUUAUUGGAUUAAAAAAGCAGUUGCCUUCACCAGCUCUCGAGGCAAGUCAUCACGCACAAACCAACCCCCAAUCUCCAUCAUCUCUGAAGAUGAAGAUUCAUUCAUUCGAGUUAUUUUUAAUUGCACAAUUGCACCCAAAAUGUUUCUUUUUCCAACUUCCCUCAUGUGAGUCUUUGCUGUUAGUCCUCUUUUGGCUCUAAGAAGUUUGAAACGUUCUGCCUGACGCACCAGAUGGUUACGUAAAGAAGUGAAGCAGGAGAGACGCUCACAGCUGAUUGGUCAGAGGUCUGGCUGUAUGAUGCUGUCCCGCUGUUUUAACUUGAGGAGCUGUCUUUUGUUUAUUUCCUUUGCUGCUGCAGUCGGUACCCUUUUGUAUGUUUCCCAGUCGAGGCAUCUCUGUGCCACAUUGGAGCGCUCCUGUUGUGUCUUGUUUGAGCUUUUUUUUUUUUUUUGCCUCGUGCACUCCUUCAGACGUUUACAGUUUCUCACAGCUGCUUUCAUUUACAACAGACAGCACUGUAGUCGCUGUUGUUGCCAAAUCAAGACUUAAAUCGUCACUUUAGUCAAACCACAAACGCUCCGUUCAACAUGUGUCGUGUCCCGCUUGGUAGUGGUUUCUUCUUGGGCCUAGCUUCCUUAAUGUCUUUUUUUUUUUUUUGAUUCAUAGAUGUUUCUCAUUGCACCGGCUCCAUAACUAUGCACUGUAAGCCGCAAACUCACUGCACACACAAGAUGGCAGGAUGAAGUUUCUACAACCAGUAACUCUGAUCCUUUCAUAACACCACAUGUUUUCAGCGCUCCGUUGUAAAAAGCCGCAGCUGCAGGACACCUUAACAUGUAUUUACAGAACUUAAGAUGUGGAAAACGCCUCCACUUUAAGCCCUUAAACGGUACAAAGUUAAUCUGAAAUAUGAAUUGGUCGCUCUUCAGAUGAUGAUUUUUUAUUCAGAGCGGUUUCUUUUCAUUUAAAUGCAAUAAUCAAUAUUUGACCUACACAAGUUAACCGCUACAGAAUAAUGUUUCUGGCUCUUUCAGUCUUCAGGUGCUUUCUUUGUUCUUGUAGUUUCUCAAGAUGUGGAUGUGUCAGACCCCCGUCACUACACCCACCGUGCUCUUUGGCUGCACAGUUUACUCCUGGAUAACGGCGUUGGAUCAAGCUAUGAUGGAAUAAUGUUUUAAUACUGGAUAUAUUUGAGGAUAAUUAAGUUCACUGUACAUUAAUGCAGCCAUCGCAGAUGUGUUGUGUUCCUCCGUAACGCCUAAUUAAGAAUGUUAUUUUCAUACCAUGUGAUCAAAGAAAUGGAGAGAGUUCUCAGUCGGAAUAUUUGCAUUUAAUUAAAUUCAUGGGCGUCGGAGCUUCCAGCGGUUUUUGAAUCAUGAGCUUGAUUUAAAAUAUAGCACUUCUUAAGAGGAUAUUCUCAUUUCAUGAAAACGUUGUUGUUGUUGUAGUUCCCCACGGCAACCACCAGGUGUUAGUGACGCACCACAGACUAAUCAAAAGCAGCAUUCAAUUCUAGUUUUGAAUAAUUAUUCUGCUCUUACUGGUUUGUGUUUCUAUUUGAAAAAUAUUUGGUCUUCAGUCGGCCUUCAUUGAACCCUCAUCUCAACUGAUGGUUCCCGUAAAAGCACUUAUUUAACGUUUGCUGCUCUGGUACAUUUCCAUCUGUGUGUCUGUGAUUGGUCGAUGGAUCCACAGGUUGUAGAAACGUUUCUUUGUCCCGGUGACUCUUGUCACUCAGUUUAUGCAUUUUUUUAAAUGGUACAUGUCCAAAAAUUAGCUAAAGAAAAUGUGUUUUUUUUUUUUUUUUUUUUAAGAAUCAGCCUUGUGUCAUAUCAUUGGAUGUUGAGUAUGAGGCGGUGAACGGUAAACUGUCUGGUACAGAUAGAGAUUCAGUUGUAAACGCCGCCAGCACUGGUAACCCUUGAUACGCACUACCAUUAUGCACUAUCUAUGAUUCACUGAUGUUUUUCUCGACCCCAUUGUCGACUGUGCAGCUUCGUUCAGCGACCUUUUCUUUGCACAUUUUUAUUUUAUUUUACCAGAAGUGUGAUUGUGAACUGUGUGUGUGUGCGUGCCUGUGUGCGUGCGUGCGUGUGUGUGUGUGUGUGUGUGUGUGUGUGUGUGUGCGUGCCUGUGUGCGUGCGUGUGUGUGUGUGUGUGUGUGUGUGUGUGUGUGUGUGUUAAAAUGCGUGUUAGCAUUGACUCAAUACAUGAAUGUAAUGUUUCAGUUUUUUUCACCGUCAGAUGGCCUCGUUAACCACCGCUGAUCAGGUCUCCGGUACCAGUAUUUGUCACCUGCAGACGCCAAGAUACACCUGUAGUUCUCUUUUUCGUAUCUGAAGCCACUGCUGCCACUCCUGGUUGUGAACGUGUGUGUGCGCAUGUGUGUGUGUGCGUGAGUGAGAGUUAAAGUUUGUAAAAGUGCAUUUACUGCAACUCGUGCUCUUUGGACACUGCACCCUUAAUGCCUUGAGCAUUCUGACUGUCGGGGUUGAAAACAUUAAAAUAAGAUUAAAAAUAAAAUGAAAAAAUAUCAUGUACAAAUGUAUAAAAGAAAAUGUAACCUUUUUCUAAAAAAAAAAAAUCCACUUAUAUCCCACAUGUUUGGUCUCUGUGUAUUGUAAAAGAAGCCAUGUUUAUAAUUCUAAUUGGUUUGUGACCAAUACGCCUGUUUAUAUCAGAUCUGUAUAUCAGUGGUACGCAUAAUUUUUUAAUAUAUAUUUUUUAUUUUACUUUUUUUUAAAUGGGAGAUUUUAUGCAUGGUUGGGUCUUGAGAGACGCAGCGGUGCCGUCGAAUGAUUGCUGUUUUUUUGGCAAAAGUCUGGAGUAUUGCAACAGCUCUGUGUUCAUAAUUAAAACAAUUAUGGCAAAUAAAAGAUAUUUAUUUCAAA